AUGGAGUGCGGAAAGAGCUUCUCUUUCAAUGCAAAACUUAGAACACACCAGCGGACUCACACAGGGAGAAAACGUUUUACGUGCAGGGAGUGUGGGAAGAACUUCAGUCAGAGUGGAAACCUUAAAUUGCACAAACAGACUCACACAGGGGAGAAACCAUAUAAAUGUAUGGAGUGUGAAAAGAGCUUUAGUGAUAGUGGAAACCUUAGAAGACAUCAACGGACACACACAGGAGAGAAACCAUAUGAAUGUAUGGAGUGUGGAAAUAGCUUUAGUGAUAAUGGAAAGCUUAGAAUACACCAACGGACUCACACAGGGGAGAAACCAUUUAAAUGCAUGGAGUGUGGAAAGAGCUUCAGUCAGAGUGGAGACCUUAGACGACAUCAACGGAUUCACACAGGGGAGAAACCAUUUAAAUGCAUGGAGUGUGCAAAGGACUUCAGUAUGAGUUCAAACCUUAGAUCACAUCAACGGACUCACACAGGGGAGAAACCAUUUAAAUGUAUGGAGUGUGGAAAGAGUUUUAGUGAUAGUGGAAGCCUUAGAACACAUCAACGGACUCACACAGGGGAGAAACCAUUUGAAUGCAUUGAGUGUGGAAAGGCCUUCAGUCAGAGUGGACACCUUAGAUCACAUCAACGGACUCACACAGGGGAGAAACCAUUUAAAUGUAUGGAGUGUGGAAAGAGUUUUAGUGAUAGUGGAAGCCUUAGAUCACAUCAACGGACUCACACAGAGGAGAAACCAUUUGAAUGCAUGGAGUGUGGAAAGGACUUUAGUCAGAGUGGACACCUUAGAAAUCAUCAACGGACUCACACAGGGGAGAAAACAUUUAAAUGUGUGGAGUGUGGAAAGAGUUUCCUUCAUAAUACAGGCCUUAAAUCACAUCAACGGACUCACACAGGGGAGAAACCAUUUACAUGUCUGGAGUGUGGAAAGAGCUUCAGUCAGAGUACACACCAUAGAAGACAUCAACAGACACACACAGGGGAGAAACCAUUUAAAUGUAUCGAGUGUGGAAAGAGUUUCCGUUGUAAUACAAGCCUUAGAUCACAUCAACGGACUCAUACAGGGGAGAAACCAUUUACUUGUAUGGAGUGUGGAAAGAGCUUCAGUUAUAGUAAAAACCUGAGAGUACAUCAACAAACUCACUUUAAUAAGAAACUAUUUCAAUGUAUGGAGUGCAGCAAGAGCUUUAGUCAUAGUGGAAGCCUUAGAACACAUCAACGGACUCACACAGGAGAGAAACCAUAUGAAUGUAUGGAGUGUGGAAAGAGCUUCACUCAGAGUGCAAACCUUAGAUCACAUCAACGGAGUCACACAGGGGAGAAACCAUUUAAAUGCAUGGAGUGUGGAAAGGACUUCAGUCAGAGUGGAACACUUAAAAAACAUCAACAGACUCACACAGGGGAGAAACCACAUAAAUGUAUAGAGUGUGAAAAGAAUUUCCGUUAUAAUACAAGCCUUAGAUCACAUCAACGGACUCAUACAGGAGAGAAACCAUUUAAAUGUAUCGAGUGUGGAAAGUGCUUCAGUUAUAGUGGAAGCCUUAGAAGACAUCAACAGACUCACACAGGGGAGAAACCAUUUCAAUGUAUGGAGUACAGUAAAUAUUUCACUCAGAGUGGAAAUCUUAGAAAACAUCAGUAGAUACACAGGGGAGAAACCAUUUAAAGGUAUGGACUGUGGAAGGAGCUUCAGUCAGAGUGGAACCCUUGAUUUAUGUCAACAAACUUACACAAAAGACAAACCGUAUAAAUAUCAGGAAAGUAGAUAGAGGUUCACUCUUAGUGGAAGUUCAAAAUCAACAGACUCACGGACAGGAAGAACUUUAAGAGUUGAAACCCUUCAAACCAUCAACAAACUCAGAGAGGAGAAGCAGUUUGAAUGAAAAGACUGCAAGAAGUGCUUUAUUUAUAAAGGAGUGAUCAAGGAGCAUCCAGGGACUCUCACAUGGGAGAACCCAUUUAGAUGUAUGGAGUGUGGUACUUCUUCCUCUCAGAGUCCACUCUGAGCAAUGAACUCAGCAGGAAAUCAUUCCUAAAAGCAUCAGGUAUAUGUGAAGUUCUGGUGUUUAUAUGUAAAACAUUAUAAUAAUCAAAUAAUGAAGGCAGCAUCUCACAAUGGUGAGUAUAAUUUUAGAUGAAAGUACUUUUGGUUUUUGCACCAAAUUCUGUCACCACCCCCACCCCCACCGCAUGAUCUCCCAGCCCUGCUUCUUCACCAGAACUUCAUCGCUGCCUCCUGCCCUGCACGUUCUGAAGAAAACUUGAAAUACUGAAAUUGAAUGGGGGAUUUUCCCCCCAGCCUAAUUUCAAGAGGGGGAAGGAGGGGCUGCAGGUAUCAGAGAAGUCUCCUGGGGGGGCCGAUCUUCGCUCAUGAACCCCAUGGGGCAACCCCAGAGCUCCUGCUCAUUUCGGGGGUUUGAGGAAGAUAGUAUUUUUCCAUAGUCCCAGAAUUUUUGAUUCAGUCAUGUACUCUGGAGUUUUCCCACCAGAGGACCACAGUGCUAUAGCUGCUGCUGUUGUCAUGGAGUGGCUGGGGGGGGGAGGCACCAGUUGGGGGACCCACAA